AUGGUCCAGAUCGCAAUUAUCACAGGUGGUUCAAGCGGCAUGGGUCUAGACGUCGCCCAAAGACUCAACAGCACGGCAGACUGGAAAGUCCACAUAAUCGGCAGCAACAAACAACGUGGCGAAGCCGCAGUAUCCACACUGAACAAUACAACCUUCCACCAAGCAGACGUGAGCAACUACCAACAACAAGCUGCCGUCUUCGACAAAGUUUUCACCGGGAACGGGCGCCUAGACUUUGUCUUCGCAAAUGCCGGCAUCGCACAGGACCCCGGGGCUUUCUUUUCCGCGCACGAAACUGGGAUCCCACCGGAACCUAAUAUAGAUGCCCUUGUGGACACGAACUUAAAUGGUGCCAUUCACACAAGUUACCUGGCGAUGCAUUAUUUUCGACGAUCGCCACCUGUUAGUAUUGGGAAAAGACAUCUUGUUCUUACGUCGAGUAUUGGUGGGUUGUAUCCAUGUAUGCAGACGCCGGUUUAUUCGGCGACGAAGCAUGGAAUGAUUGGAUUUACGCGCUCCAUUGGAAAGAAGCUUUGGGAGGAGGGUAUCAAAGUGAACGCUAUCUGUCCGGGCGUGGUCGAAACACCCUUGUUGACGCCAGAACUGAAAUCCAUUUUCGGUAAGAGCCUUGUUCCGAUUUCUAGUGUCACGGACGUGGUGAUGGAAGUUCUAUCUGGGAAUGAGAUGAUUGACUCGAAGGGUACGGCUGUUUCUGGGGAGGAUUUGCAUUCGCGGGCCAUUUUGAUUUCUGGGACGAAUCGGUACUUUAUUGAGAUGCCGGAUAUGUAUGAUGAGGAGACUCGUAUUACCCAGGAGGCGAUGAUGGGUGGAUCAUAA